GUUGCGCCGCAAUACAAGAAGAUGGCGAACCAGUUCUGGCCCAAGGCCGUGCUCAUGCGCGCCGACGUCGACGAGGCCAAGGAUCUAGCCAUGGCCUGCUCCGUGACGUCCGCGCCGACCUUCAUCUUCUUCAAGAACGCGAAGCCCGUGGACAAGUGCAAGGGC